ACAAUGUAGAUGUACUUAACUAUAUGUGUAUUUUCUCUCUCUCAUAACAUAAAUAGCAUAGUUCUAGUUAUGUUACGAGUUAAAUAGUUUCGUCGUAUGGACAUUUGAUUUGAGCAUAGCCAUGCAAAGGUGGACAGUGAACUUGGAGGGUGGACCCAGGCGUGUCAAUCAUGCUGCGGUGGCUAUAAUGGACAAGAUUUUCAGUUUUGGUGGCUACUGCACUGGGGAAGACUAUGAAACAACCAGGCCAAUGGAUGUUCAUAUUCUUGAUACAGUUUCUCUACGUUGGACACUACUGCCCAUUCCUAAAGUGCAUGAUCCCCAGUACCAACUCUCACCGUAUCAACGGUACGGCCACACAGCGGUUGCCUUUGAGGAAAAUGCCUAUGUGUGGGGAGGUCGAAAUGAUGUUGAUGGUGCUUGUUCCAUCCUAUUUUGCUUUUAUAGCACAAAAUUAAAAUGGUCAUGUCCAAAAACGAGUGGAAAUAUUCCCAUCGCAAGAGAUGGACAUUCUGCUUGUGUCAUCAACAAUAAGAUGUUCAUCUUUGGCGGAUAUGAGGAAGAGGUUGAUCGAUUUUCCAAUGAAAUCCAUGCUCUUGAUUUCCUUACUAUGUCCUGGAGUGCUGUUCAUCCAAAGGGCACCCCUGCAAUAUGGAGAGACUUUCACACUGCCACUGGUGUGGGUAAUAAUAUGUACAUCUUUGGUGGUCGUAGUGAUGAGGGAGGAGAUAUAUUUACAAACAAGGAAAUAUACUGCAAUAAGAUUCAGUUGUUUGAUACUAUAACCAACACAUGGCAUGAGCCAGUAACACUUGGCACUCCACCAGUCGGUCGUCGUAGCCAUUCAGCAUUUGUCUUUAAAGAGAACUUAUAUAUAUUUGGGGGAUACAGUGGUAAACAUGACAUUCACUUCAAAGAUGUCUUCAAAUUUGAUCCAGUGAAGAUGCAAUGGUCAACCAUUAAGGUGAAAGGUCAAGGUCCUUGUGCCAGGCGGAGACAAUGCUGUUGUGUCAUUGACACCAAAGUUUUCCUGUUUGGAGGAACUAGUCCCACCCCCGACUCGGAGUUCACCAACACAGAGAAGGACUUGACAGAUCACUCAGACUUGCAUGUAUUAGACUUUGCCCCAUCUUUGAAAACUCUAUGUCAAAUUGCUGUGAUAGAACAUAAGCUGGAAACUCAGUGUUUACCAAGUCUACUAAGGUGGGAGAUUUCUGUUAUGACGACAGACAAUCAGAUUACAAAGCCUCAUAACAACAAUGGCUGACAGCAUUUGUGUAUACAGAGUUACAAAUAUUUAUCAAAUUACCAUGGAAAGCAAUACCACUUCAAGGUCACAGCGACCUAAAGAGAGACUGCUCCACCUAAUUGGGUACUUUCGAAGGAAUGCUGUGCUUUGAAUUGUUGAGUGACUUUUGUAGAGGUACAGUUUUGUGUUAUUCUUGUGCCUCUUCUACCAGAAAAUCAAAAAAGGACAUGUCUCUUUUUUAAGAUUACAUGUACUUUAGUAAAUAUUUCAGCAGGCUGUAGAUCUUUCCUACUUUAGGAAUACUAUGAUUUAUCUUCAUGAUGUAAUAUCAUGGAUGAAUAUUACCUGUAGAGUCAAUAGUAUAUAGGAAAGGCUGAAAAAUAUUGUUUUCACCACAGCCUGUAGUCAGAACUUACAAGAUGUCCCUUUUACUGAACUGUGGUGUUACUUCCAGUAACUUCGGUUUGAUGUACAUUUUUUUGCGGAAAAACUGUCUUCAGGUUUUUUUUUUAUGAAAUAGAUUAGGUUAUUUAGAUCAGUGUUAUGUCUGGAACUAUGAGUGAACAAAUAUGCGUUUUAAUUUUAGAUUUUGUGUUAUGUAAUGACUGGUAAGCAGGGGUACCUACGUGUCUGUUUAUGGAUAUAUUUGUUGUUAAAAGUUGAUCAGUAUUGCCAAGGGAGCAUUUAUUAGAUCAUUUAUAGAUGUUCCCAAACUUUUUUUUUUAAUCAAUUUCCUGAAUUAUUCAUGGAAAUUAUUUUCUCCUGUUUUGCUUAAAAGUAUGCUAAAUCAUUUCAUGAAACUCUAAGUCAAUGUUCAACUGCAUUCUCAAAUCAAAUCCACAUUCUUUAAAUGUUGUGCAAUUAGGAUAGUUAUUGCCAAAUUAUAGAUCCUAUCAUAACGACAUUACACUACAGGGUAGUUAGUAUCGUUACCAAAUCUUUACUUUAUUAUCAUGCAUUGUGUCGUAAUACAUACCAUUAACUGUGAUAGUCUAUUGUCAAGUUCAUCUGUAUUUCAAUGGUAAAUUUUCACUUCAUUAUGCUGAAUAUUACAUGUCCAUUCCCAUUGAAAGUCUGCAUGUUAUGCACGAAGUAAAAUCUGAUUGGUUUUUAGGAGACCAUGGAAGGCUGUGACUUGGUCUCUUGUAAUUCAUUUGUUUUUGAGAGAUUAUAAGGCAUCAGUCUAUUAUAGGAAAGAUAGUCACUUUUAAGGUAUGGCCUCUAAACAAAGAGGGCUACUCUAAGUCACAGUUACAAUGACAGAUAGGCUGUUGUUGAUCUCAUUGAAAAUUUUUCAUUCUGAUUGAAUGAAGAGUCAGUGGUGGAUUAAACUUCAGAGAUGAGAGAUGUGUAAAGAGGAGUCUUAAAACGAGAAAAAUUAAUUUGUAUUGUAAACAUUGAAUGGGUAUUGUUGUCUUAUCAUUUUCACUUUACUAGGUUUGGUUACUAAUAUCAGAAAAAGUUUGUAUCAUUGUCAGAUCCAUCUAAGGAUUUUGUGAAGAAUUGGUGAUUUAAGUAACUUUUAAAAAGUUUGAAAUGGGGAAAAUGCAAUAGGAUUGUGUAGAACAUUUGAGAUAUUUUGUUGCAUAAUUGAAAUCUUCUGUUAGGAUCCUGAUGUAGCCAGAUAGUAGAUUUAAAUAACACCUUAGUCACCAUGGAGAGACUACCAGGCAAACAGAGCUAGAGUUUAGAAUGCUAGCAGGAGACUUAUAUAUAUAAUCAGUCGAUUUGGAAGGCCAAAACAUUAAAAAAAAAUGCUAUUUCUAUAAAAACAUAUUCAAAUGAAAAAAUAAAAGCAAUUUAUAUACCAUUGUAAUUAUUGAAAUUAGCACUGUGUGAUAUAAAUUGGAUGAAUUAUACAUUUUGAAAUUCUAGAGUUACUCGUAAAGUUUCUUAUACAUAGUUUCAGGCUUUAUGGUAUGCUUUUUGAUUGAUACAACAAACAAGUGACAUGAAGUUUAACACAUUUUCAGAUAUGUUUCUGGUACCAUUGUACCUUUGCCUGUCAGUAGUGAUUAAAAUGUUUCUGUUUUUGUAAGUGAUAGAUAACUGAAUUUUGGUUGGUGUUUUUUUGCUUUUUUUAACCCUUUGUGCUUUGCCAAUCUAAAUAGAUGGUACGGUGUAGCAGAUUAAAUUCUCCACUGAAAUAUAUGUCUACCUCUUAAAUUCCUUCAUCACAAUUUUCAACACUAUUGCCUGCAUACAUUCUAUCAUUUUGUGAAGGUCGUUUCUUCAUAUGAUCGUUAAGAUUCAUUUAAUGUAAAUUACGUUGUCACAUAUAUCAUAUGAAAUGUUCUCAUAUAUUUAACAUAUUGCAAUAAAUUUUCUUUUGAGUGGUAACUUCUUACCAUCGCCGAGUAAUUAAGGCUAAGUAAUAUAUUGUUGAAAAAAAUUAUUUCAAAGGGUUAAAUUUGAAAUUUUGUUUCUUGAAAAAUUCAACAAUGAUAAAGUUCCAUUAAGUAUCAGGCAUUACAAAGAUGCAUACCCCGUAGUUCUGAUUAAGUUUCAUGUCUAUCAGAAAGGAUACAAGUUUAGUAAUUUUACAUAUUAUAUAUUUUUAUUAAAUGAGAAUAUAUGGUUUCAGUUAUUGUACCUCAUUUCUAAGACUUUUGUUAUUCUAAUGGAAAUUUUAAUAUUACAAUGGUCUCUUUCCUUAACCUAAAAGUUUUGGACCCCUCCUAAAAAAUUCCUUGAACCCAUUGAGAUUAAAUUUCGUAUCAUUGCCUAGUGAUACACUGUACUAUUACCUAUAAGAUUACUGCAGGGUUUGUAACAUGACUUUAUCAUGUACUUGAAAGAGCACCCCCAAAAGAAAUGGUAAAAAUCAUUUCUGAUGAUUAAUGUAAGCAUCAUUUCUAAUGGUCAGUAAUUUGAAUUUUUUAAAAAUUUAUUUAAAAAAUUGAUUUCAACAUAAAAUAUUCAUCUAGUGACAAUAUCAUUCUGUCCAUGUAGUAGAUAAUUUUAUCAACAAUGAAAGAGAGACAGCUCCUUUACAAAAUACAUACUAGUGAAAGGUGGCAUACACCCUUAAGAAAAUAUGAAUAAACAUGUGGAAUUAAUUAUUGUUAAUGGAUGUAAUGUAUAAAGGCAGAAUGACAUGUCAUUGAUUAUAUUCUUUAGUAUAUUUUCGAUAAAUGUACACCUCAUAAUUCAUAGUUGUAAGUAAGUUGGUAUGUGUACAUUAACAAGUUUUGCCAAAUCUGAGUUUUUAUUUUGUUGUUUAGUUGAAGAAUUUACCUGGUGAUAAUCUUGACUGAUUUCACAUUUUGAAAAACUUAUUUAAUUCUGAUAUGUUAAAGUUCAUUUAAUAAUCAAUAAGGAUGCUGUGGUUAGUUAUAAAUUUCAGUAUAAGUGGUCUCAAGACAAUCAUAUCUGAUCAAAGUUUUAAAUCACUGAACAGAGAAUUUGACACAUUAAACCAUAGAUUGAUAAAGAAACAAUAAUUUCAUAUACACAUAUUUUGAAUUAAUUUGCCUUUCAGGUAAACACUAAAUGCCAUUUUGAUAUUCUGCAUUAAAUUUCAAGUUCAGUCAUUAACACAUAACAGUUUCUUGUGCAAACUUAUUUUUUUUUAUAAAGUCUUCCAGAUCUCUGACUUACAACUACUUUUUAUGUUGCCUUACUUUGCUGAUUUUCUGAUUUUUGCAUACAUUUACAUGUGUUUAUAGAUGUUAACUUUGCAUGAUUUUCUGCUGUUAAAGAAAUGUGCCACUUACUACAGCCUCACUUUCUUCUAUGAUUAAAUCAUUUAAGCUGAAAAAAAUCUUUAUUGAUAUUCAUGUAGCCUUAUGCUUUUGAAAGUCUACUUCUAGUGGACAAUUGAACAGAUAUUAACCAACAUAAUUAUGUUAGUAGGUGUUGCAAUAUCAGACUGUUAUAUUCAUUUGACUUCUUUUGUGAAGAUAGCAACUUAUGAACUCUACAAGCCAGGUAAUAUUUAUGUAAUGUUGAUGUACAUUUUGCCAUCCUUCAUUAGAAGAACAAAGAACGUAGAACUUUGUUGGUACAUGUAUUCAUAUUUCACUCUCCAUUAAGCUCUUGCUUAAUUCCUGGCAAAAUAAUACAUUAUGAAUAUGAAGAAUAUGUCAAAAUCAAACAACUUAUGUGUCGUUAUUGUUAACUGAAUUUUUAUUUUUGGAGGGAAAAGAAAUGUCUUAGUGUGAAUCUUUUAAUUCCCAAUAUAUAGAUUUCAAAGUGGUUUAAAAAAUUAUUAAUAGAAAUUCUCAUUUUUGUCUGUGAUUAGUUUAUACCCUUAUAUGGCAUCUUUUUGCAUGCAAAUUACAGAGGAUAAAAUGGUAACUUUAAUAUUCAACGUAUCGGGUUAAAAUUUUAAUUUAGAAUUUUUUGAAACAAGCUGUCAGCUGGCUCUAUUUCUGGCCUUUCUUCAGUCAUAGUGAAGUUUUUACACUAUACAAAACAAUCCUUAUAAACAAACUGGUUUCUUCUUUUACCUAGAAGAGUGGGUUACUUACUGGGAUACCAGUAUACUACAAAAAACAAAAUUAUUUAAUAUGAUUAUUUCUGUUUCCAUGCUUUUUGGGGCAUAAUUUGUAUGUUUUGCUUGUCUUCAGCAUUGAAUUGGUUAAAUCUGCUUCAGUUGAUAUUAUGACAGCAUGGCAUUAAUAAAUGUCUAAGUGAAAGAUGAAA